UGGCCGAGCACAUGCAUCUUUCUCGGGGGCUCGCUCGCGCACGCCCUCGCCCGCACCCCGCGACUCCCCACCUGCCCCGGCUCGCCUUGGCCGCUCUUCUGCUCUUCCCGGUGCAUCCCUGACCCUGGCAUCCCUUCCUCCUGGCCUGCGCGGGUUCGGAGUGUCAGGACGCGGCUGUGGCGGCGGUGCCGAGCUGGUGUGGGAAGCCAAGGCAGGAAAGGCGAACCCGAGUGGGUGGUGAGAGGCCAGCCGAGUCCGUGGGAGCCAGGGAAGCCGAGAGGAGCGAGACAGUGAGUGUGCGCUGCGCGCUGCCCCGGUCGGGGCGGACUCGAGCGGAGGCUCCGAGUCUUCUGAGCGGCGCCCCAGCCUCUGCAGUGAGCCUGCCUGGGUGCGCCCUGAGACCCGGACACCCAGAGCCCGGAGGUCGGCGGAGAGGUACCCGAGAAAGGCACUGAUUCUGAGAGUCCGCGGAGGAGAGACGCGGAGGCUGAGGGGAUGGAGGAACAAUGCCGCCUCCAGAAGCAAAGCCUUCCUUGAGCCUUGGCUGGAGUGUGGAGUCUGCUCUCUGAUCUGCUCUUUCCAGGCCUUGAGGCUACUUCUGGGCUUGGUUCCGCCUCUUAGUUUGACAGGAAUUAGAAAGUUGCUCUUCUUCUCUGCAAGGUUGCCUUCGAAGUGGCUUUCCUAUCUGCGUGCUGGUUCAAGUCAAGAUGUCACUUUCUGGAUCCCCCGCGAGGAGCGACUAAUAGAUUAUGCAUUGUUGGGCAAUAAACUCUCCCGGGAAGAGAGGGUAGUCCACCCAAAGGUUUAAAAGGGUUGCCACCGACUCCUGCCUGCCUCAGCACAAUGCCUUAAAUGAGGAAGUGACUAACUCAUAUUUGUAACUUCACACUGUCAGUACCAAUGUCCCCAGGGCAUCCUGUGUCAAGGAUAUAGACCCACAGCUAACUGGAUUUGAUUUAUACGAGGGAAAUCUACAUCAAUGGCCACUCUCACCACAUUGCUGCUAUGGGAAACAGAAUGGUCAAUAGAUGUUCUGAUGAAUAGUGAUGAUUGAAGAUGCGGCAUCAGUCUGUGCGAAAUCAAUGGAAGCUACUUGCUGCAUGAAGAGUGUUUUCAGCUUUCCUUAACAAGCUCCUAUCUGAGAAACUGGAGCUGCAUUCUACCACCAUUCCAUCUUUCUCCAGCGGAUACAAAUAUAUUUGCCUCACUGUACCAGAUAGACAACUAAUGUGGGACCAUGGCACUUCCCAGAUGCAUGUGGCCAAAUUAUGUUUGGAGAGCCAUGAUGGCAUGUGUGGUCCACAGGGGAUCGGGUGCCCCGUUGACUCUCUGCUUGUUGGGAUGUUUGCUACAGACUUUCCACGUACUCUCUCAAAAGUUGGAUGAUGUAGACCCAUUGGUUACUACUAACUUUGGCAAAAUAAGGGGAAUUAAGAAAGAACUCAAUAACGAAAUUUUGGGGCCUGUCAUUCAGUUUCUUGGGGUUCCAUAUGCUGCUCCACCAACAGGAGAACAUCGAUUUCAGCCUCCAGAACCACCAUCUCCCUGGUCUGAUGUCCGGAAUGCCACUCAGUUUGCUCCUGUAUGUCCCCAGAAUAUCAUUGAUGGCAGAUUGCCUGAAGUUAUGCUUCCUGUGUGGUUCACUAAUAACUUGGAUGUGGUUUCCUCAUAUGUGCAAGACCAGAGUGAAGACUGUCUAUACUUAAACAUCUAUGUCCCAACUGAAGAUGGUCCCCUUACAAAGACACAGACAGAUGAUUUAGGUGACAAUGACCGUGCCGAAGACGAAGAUAUUCGGGACAGUGGGGGUCCCAAACCAGUGAUGGUGUACAUCCAUGGUGGCUCUUACAUGGAAGGUACUGGAAAUCUAUAUGAUGGGAGUGUGUUGGCAAGCUACGGUAAUGUGAUCGUCAUCACAGUCAACUAUCGGCUUGGGGUACUUGGCUUCUUGAGCACAGGGGAUCAGGCUGCCAAAGGAAACUACGGGCUCCUUGACCUCAUCCAGGCCCUCAGAUGGACCAGCGAGAACAUUGGGUUCUUUGGUGGUGACCCCUUACGAAUCACCGUGUUUGGAUCAGGCGCUGGGGGUUCAUGUGUCAAUCUGCUGACUUUAUCCCAUUAUUCUGAAGGUAACCGUUGGAGCAAUUCAACCAAAGGACUUUUUCAACGAGCAAUAGCUCAGAGUGGAACAGCCCUUUCCAGCUGGGCUGUUAGUUUCCAGCCUGCAAAAUACGCUAGAAUUCUGGCCACAAAGGUUGGCUGCAAUGUGUCAGAUACAGUAGAGUUAGUAGAAUGCCUGCAGAAGAAGCCUUACAAAGAACUUGUUGAUCAAGAUGUUCAACCAGCCCGAUACCACAUAGCCUUUGGACCUGUGAUCGAUGGUGAUGUAAUACCAGAUGACCCUCAGAUACUGAUGGAACAAGGAGAGUUCCUCAAUUAUGAUAUCAUGUUAGGAGUUAACCAAGGGGAAGGGUUGAAGUUUGUGGAAAAUAUAGUAGAUAGUGAUGAUGGUGUAUCAGCCAGUGAUUUUGACUUUGCUGUCUCUAAUUUUGUUGAUAAUUUAUAUGGAUAUCCUGAAGGCAAAGAUGUUUUGAGAGAAACCAUUAAAUUCAUGUAUACUGACUGGGCUGAUCGCCAUAACCCUGAAACUAGAAGGAAGACAUUGUUGGCUUUGUUUACGGACCAUCAGUGGGUAGCACCCGCUGUGGCUACAGCAGACCUUCACUCGAACUUUGGCUCACCUACAUACUUCUAUGCCUUUUAUCAUCAUUGCCAAACAGACCAAGUUCCAGCUUGGGCUGAUGCAGCUCAUGGGGAUGAGGUUCCCUAUGUGUUGGGAAUCCCCAUGAUUGGCCCUACAGAGUUAUUUCCUUGCAAUUUCUCCAAGAAUGAUGUGAUGUUGAGUGCUGUAGUAAUGACAUACUGGACGAAUUUUGCUAAAACUGGUGACCCAAAUCAACCAGUUCCUCAAGACACAAAAUUCAUUCAUACCAAACCCAACCGCUUUGAAGAAGUAGCAUGGACCCGAUAUUCCCAGAAAGACCAACUUUAUCUCCAUAUUGGAUUAAAACCGAGAGUUAAAGAGCAUUACAGAGCCAAUAAGGUAAAUCUCUGGUUGGAGCUGGUACCUCAUCUGCAUAAUCUCAAUGACAUUUCUCAGUAUACCUCGACCACAACUAAAGUGCCAUCAACAGACAUCACUCUCAGACCUACAAGGAAAAAUUCCACUCCAGUCACAUCAGCCUUUCCCACUGCCAAACAGGAAGAUCCCAAACAACAACCAAGUCCCUUCUCGGUAGAUCAGAGGGACUACUCCACAGAGCUAAGUGUCACAAUCGCAGUGGGAGCCUCUCUGCUGUUUCUGAACAUCUUGGCUUUUGCAGCCCUGUACUACAAGAAAGACAAGAGGAGACAUGAUGUCCACCGGAGGUGCAGCCCUCAGCGCACCACGACCAAUGACCUGACCCAUGCUCCAGAAGAGGAAAUUAUGUCUCUCCAAAUGAAGCACACUGACUUGGAUCACGAGUGUGAGUCCAUUCAUCCACAUGAGGUGGUUCUUCGGACCGCCUGCCCCCCAGAUUAUACUCUUGCUAUGAGGAGGUCACCGGAUGAUGUUCCUUUAAUGACACCUAACACCAUCACAAUGAUUCCCAACACUAUACCAGGGAUUCAGCCCUUACAUACAUUCAACACAUUUACUGGAGGACAGAAUAAUACACUGCCCCACCCCCACCCUCACCCCCAUUCACAUUCAACAACCAGGGUAUAGCCAGAUGAGAGAGACAAACUGAUUUUUUUUUUUUGAUGGAGUGCAGUAAAAGAUUAUUGGAAGAUUCCUUGGCUUUCAACUUGGAAGACUCUCACUAUUUAAAUAAGGAGGAAUAUUGUGUGAAUAUACAUAUCAAGAACUUUGGGGGUUUUGAAAAAAAUGAAUUGUAUAUAGAUAUACACACAAAUCAACUUUAAAAAAAGCAAAUUCCAAUUGCUAGAAGCAAUGGUUCUGAAUGAUACUUUUUCAUUCACUUUCAAGAAUUAAUUUGUUGAAGAUUUAAGUUACAUAAUGGAGUUAGGCAUGUGGAACACCAAACAGGAAAGUACUGUGUCUCAAUACUUUAAAAAACAACAACAACAACAAC